AUGGCCAAUACAGAAACCUCUACUUGUACACCUGAUCGUGAUACUGCUUCUGCAAGUCCGCCUCCUUUGGGACCAUUUGCUAGCUUGGUCCCAUUGAACAGAGAUGCACGCGAGAGGUUUUCUUCCGCCGUUCAGACCAUCCUCGACAAUCCUGAUCAGUGGGAACGUGCCAGAAACAAUCUCAGGUGGGAGCACAAUCGGCAUGAGUCGGUGAGCACAAACAGUGUCUUCUCCGAUGCAGAAGAUGUCGCUCAAGAAACCACCGUUUAUGCGCAUCCUGCGUAUAUCGGAGAGUAUUUGUUCCAGUUGGACCAUCCUCCUCGGCAGGGUGCAUGGAUCCUCGGCGAUGGACGAGGCUCAUUUCGUACUGAUGUCGACUUCCUCUUGACAGCGCCGCAUACUUCGCGUGCUAUAGCAGGCAGACAUGCCCUGAUCUACCAUGACAAGAGGACUAGGCGCCUUCUACUUAGAGCCAACCACAAAGUCAUUGCACCAUCCCCAAGCAAUCCCGGCACUUCGAUAAUGCUCAACAGGAAAUCUGAUCCUCAGACAAUGGAACUAGUGCGCCGUCACGAACUGAGAAUUGGGACAUGCACCUAUCUCUUUGAUUAUACGGACGCCGCAACUUCCACACAGUACUCCGUGCGCCUCGGCGAUUUCAUGCGUAAAAUUUAUGGCGAACAGUGGCAAGGGAUCAAUUCUCUGACUCCAGGCCUUCUUAGCGUUACACCUGACGAACAAUCGAUGCGCUUUGGCAAGUACAGCUGGCCCAUUGGCGCCUUUGCGGAGGGUACAUUCGGCCAAGUAGUCGCCGGAACAACCAUCAGUGGAGAAGCCAUUGCCGUAAAAAGGUUGAAGUUUCCGAACGGUAACGACCUUGCAAAAAUUCAGAAAGUUAUGGCACAUCUCCAGGGCCAUCCUCAUAUUGUACAGCUACUCGACUGCUUUGCUAACUCCGAUGCAAAGAUUCCCGAAGCCUACUGUUUCUACCGACCAUUUUGCAUAGGCACUUUGAUAGAUGUCUACCGUGCUAAUAUUCCUCUACAGUCUUUCAUAAGGCUCACUCACCAAUACUUUGCGGCCCUGGCAUAUAUGCACGAAGAGAGACAUACUAUGCAUCGUGACAUCAAACCUUCCAAUCUUGGCGUCCAGCAUCUUGAACCUAGCCACGGUGUUCUACUUGAUCUGGACGAUGCUAUAGCUGCCGAGUCUUCGACGGAUCAUCAAAAAGGAACCAUCGCUUAUCUUUCACCAGAAGUAGUGGCCAUGAAAGACCCAAGUCUCAAAAUCGAAUUUUCCACGAAAUGGGGGGUCGAGUUCACGGAAAGUUACGGCCCAGAAAACGAUAAUUGGGCUCUAGCAAUGUCUAUAUAUCAUGUAUAUUUUCGGAAGAUCCACAGGACACUAACCACACCGCAACUGGUGGAGUUUAUCAGAGAAGAUAUACAACGCGAGUCAGAAGCAAACUCUUCCUUUGCACCCCUUGGCGACGUUCUUUUGGCUUUACUUGUUGUCGAUCGCAGCCAACGAAUGUCGGCGUCUAUGGUGGCACGAGAGCUGUUGCUUGUUCUUGAAGCAGGUCAAAAGCGAGGUAUCUCAGAAGCAUCUGACAACAACGAGGAUACGUCAGCCAAGAUGCUAUCCAGUCGCCCGUAG